AUGUCCGUGAAUAGACCGGCCAAGGUCAAACGCACAAGCCAUCCUGAUCAGGCCUUAAAAAAGAACAUGCAGGGACGUUCGUCGGGCUUGAUACGGGCAAGAGGGGACAUAUCCCUGAUGGCGAGCGAACCAUGGCGAGGAUUCGACCAACAAUGGUACCACCUAGCCGGUAAGGAAAAACCUGAUUAUGAUCGUUUUUGUCGUGGUCUUUGUGUGAAAGAUGAAAACUUUGAGGUUGAGGGACGGGGCUUUGUCUUUGUUCUUGAUGCUUAUAAUCCAGCCAUGCCUGAUAUCCGCGAAACAUCCUAUUCCGGCUGA